AUGGAGCGAAACAUAGAUAUUUAUGCCACCAAGCUUGGCGAUGAGAAGCUGGAUGUGAAAGUCCGAGCCAAUGUUGCUACCGAAUUACGAGACAGCAUUGAGCCCCUAUGCUCGGGCGCGAGCUAUCCCAUAUUCCUAGCGAAGCUAUGGCCGGUGUUCAAAACCAUUCUGAAAGGCGACCCCGUCUUUCUUAGCAUGUCUUACGACCAAAAACUACGAAACUGCAUCCUCGAGACACUACAUCGAUUACCGAUGGGAUCACCGGACGUGGAGCCGUAUGCGGUUGAUAUGGUUGAUCUUUUGAUGGAACUUGCGCGAAUCGAGAACGAAGACAAUGCGGUGCUAUGCAUGAAAACCAUCAUGGAUUUAGAGAGGAAUCAAGCCAAGGCUACUUCAGAUCGGGUGCAGGGCUUUUUGGAGCUAAUACAGGAAAUGUUCCAGACCAUGGAGCAAGUGGUCAGGGAUACUUUCGAUACACCCAACCAGGCUACACCCUCAGGUAUGCCAUCAACGCCUAACGCAACCGCACAGAACUUCCAGUCUCCCCGGCCAAGCUCGCCUGCUACUUCUGUCUCAGAUCUAGGACCUGACCAGCAGUCGAGUAAUGUUCUGCUCAAGGGCAUGCAGUCAUUCAAGGUCCUUGCAGAGUGCCCUAUUAUAGUUGUUUCGAUCUUCCAGACGCAUCGGGCAUCGGUUUCGGCUAACGUCAAGCUGUUUGUGCCGCUCAUCAAGACAAUUCUACUACUCCAGGCGAAGCCGCAGGAAAAGGCACAUGCGGAUGCCGCGGCGCAAGGAACAAUAUUCACGGGAGUCUGCAAGGAAAUCAAGAACCGUGCUGCGUUUGGAGAGUUCAUCACAGCUCAAGUGAAGACAAUGAGUUUCUUGGCAUAUCUGUUGCGUCUCUAUGCCCAUCAGCUGCAGGACUUCCUUCCCACCCUUCCUUCUGUUGUAGUACGCCUCCUCCAAGAUUGUCCACGCGAGAAGUCGGGUGCACGAAAGGAGUUGCUGGUCGCCAUCCGACACAUCAUAAAUUUCAACUAUCGCAAGAUAUUCCUUGAGAAGAUUGAUGAGCUUUUGGAUGAGCGGACUCUCAUCGGAGAUGGCCUCACGGUCUAUGAGACUAUGAGACCACUUGCUUAUAGCAUGCUGGCUGAUUUGAUUCACCAUGUUCGUGAUCAUUUGAGCCGAGACCAGAUUCGGCGAACGGUUGAGGUCUAUACCAAAAAUCUUCACGACGACUUCCCCGGCACAAGCUUCCAAACCAUGAGUGCAAAACUUCUCUUGAACAUGGCGGAGAAUAUCUCCAAACUUGAAGAUAAGCGUGAGGCACGCUAUUUCCUAAUCAUGAUUUUAGAUGCUAUUGGUGACAAGUUCGCAUCAAUGAAUCACCAGUUCAAAAAUGCUGUCAAGGUUUCUAGGGCAUACAAAGCUUUCCGAAAGGACACUGAGCCGUGCGCUGAGAACUACCUGGCGGAGAAGGACCAACCACCAGACUGGGAUGAGAUCGACAUUUUCUCAGCUUCUCCCAUCAAGACAUCUAGUCCGCGCGACCGUGGUGGUGACCCCGUUUCGGACAACAUCUUCCUGUUCCGAAACUUGAUCAAUGGGCUGAAGAAUAUCUUCCGGCAGCUGAAGAAUUGCAACCCGGAUGAUAUUCAAAUUGAUCCCAAUAGUGUCCCCAUAAACUGGUCGGAAGUCUCGUAUGGCUACAAUGCAGAGGAAGUCAGUGUCAUCAAGAAGCUUUUCCACGAGGGAGCGCGUGUGUUCCGCUACUACGGGGUAGAUCAGCCACCUCCUGACUUGAACUACGCAUCUCCAUUUGACUUCCUUGCCAGCCAAUACACAGCACCGAUGACACGUGAAGAAAAGGAGCUGCUGGAAAGCUUCGGCACUGUCUUCCACUGCAUUGAUACCGCAACAUUCCACGAAGUCUUCCAUUCCGAAAUUCCAUAUCUCCAUGAGCUCAUGUUUGAACACGGGGCUUUACUUCACCUGCCUCAGUUCUUCCUCGCCAGCGAGGCCACUUCUCCUGCAUUCUCCGGCAUGGUCUUACAAUAUCUUAUGGAGCGCAUUGAUGAGGUCGGGACCUCAGAUAUGACAAAGGCCAAGAUACUGCUGAGGAUGUUCAAGCUUUCCUUUAUGGCCGUGACAUUGUUCUCAGUGCAAAAUGAACAGGUCCUCCACCCUCAUGUAACGAAGAUCGUGACCAAAUGCAUUGAGCUUUCAGUCACAGCCGAAGAGCCUAUGAACUACUUCCUUCUGCUGAGGUCUCUCUUCCGAAGCAUUGGUGGUGGGCGCUUUGAGCUUCUCUACAAAGAAAUCCUACCACUUCUGGAGAUGCUCCUCGAAACGUUCAAUAACUUGUUGCUUGCAGCGCGCAAGCCGCAAGAACGCGACCUCUAUGUAGAACUGACUCUCACAGUUCCCGCUCGACUGAGCCAUCUCCUUCCUCAUCUCAGUUAUCUGAUGCGUCCUAUUGUGGUUGCUUUGCGGGCCGAUUCUGAUCUCGUCGGCCAGGGCUUGCGUACUCUCGAGCUCUGCGUGGACAACCUCACAGCUGACUAUCUCGACCCGAUUAUGGGCCCAAUAAUGGAUGAAUUGAUGACCGCGCUCUGGGAUCACCUGCGUCCGUCGCCUUAUAACCACUUCCACGCACACACCACCAUGCGCAUCCUUGGAAAACUUGGCGGACGGAACCGGAAGUUCCUUAACCACCCUCCCGAAUUGUCCUUCCAGCAAUUCUCUGAUGACAAUCCCAGUUUCGAUAUCAGACUCAUUGGCCCGAAUGAGAAACGGCCUUUCCCUGUUGAUAUUGGUAUUGACCUCGCUGCGGGUAAACUCAUGGAAGUUCCGAAGACGGAUGCUGGGAAAGCUUCAGAUAUUUACUACAAACAGCAAGCCUACCGGAUGCUCAGUUCCCACCUUAAGCUCCAAAUUGGUUACGACAACAUUCCCGAAGAUUUGGCAGCCUCGAUCAGACUUCAUGCGAACGAUCUUUUCGAGAAUAAGCCUGGUGCUAUGGCAGAUAUUCUCGACAAAUCUGAACGAUCGGCCUCUAUUCCGAAGAAGGUUGCGCAGGAAGCAACAGUGAAGAAGUUGAUCAAGGCCUGUAUCUUCGCCACUACUAUUCCUGAGCUUGAGCAAACCGCUACGGCUUUUGUUGCCGAUGUUUGCAAGCACUUCGCCCUUGUAGAGGUUGGUCGUGCGCUGGCCCAAGUCAGGCACGGCCGGAAGGCCUUUGACGUUGCGAACGGGGAAGGUCCUGUGUACUUGGACUCCAGGAUUCUCGCCGAGGCUUUGGUCGAGUGCCUGUCAUCUGACGAAGUCCAAGUCCGCGAGGCAGCCGAACAGGCGAUGGUGGUUGUGAAGGAUGCCGCUGGCGUCAUCUUUGGAUCUCCUGAGAAGGCGGCCAAGCUCCCAUUCUUUGUGCAUCUGGGCCGUGUCUUCUGCCACAGCUGUUACAGCGAAGAGUGGUUCACUAAAGCCGGUGGCAGCCUAGGCAUCAAUCUGCUCGCAACCAAGCUGGACUUGGGUGAAACAUGGCUUUAUGAGCGACACGUCGAGUUUUGUCGGGCUUUGAUGUAUGUCAUCAAGGACACGCCUGCUGACCUCCCCGCCGCCACUCGCAUCCAGUCACAAGAGACGAUGACCUUAAUGUUGCGACGUUGUGGCAAGCUCAUUCCCAAAGAGGAUUUGAAGAACGAAAAGAGCCGUCUGUAUGCGCUCUCUGGGUUCUUCGUCUAUGAACUUGGGCACAUGAAUAAACAUGUUCGAGAGACUGCUCGUCGUUGCUUCACCACAUUAAAGGAUGUGGUGGGCUGUGAGGUGCACGAGCUCAUCUUCCCCGUUAGAGACCGUCUCUUGCAGUCGAUUUUCAACAAGCCCCUGCGUGCUCUACCUUUCCCGACGCAGAUUGGUUUCAUCGAUGCCAUCACAUACUGUUUAAGUCUUCACCAUGAUAUCGUCACCUUCAAUGAACCGCUCAACCGCUUGAUGCUGGAAUCACUUGCUCUCGCGGACGCCGAUGAUGAAUCUCUUGCAUCUAAGCCCAACGAGUUCAAGAACGCAGAUAUGAUCGUGAACCUUCGUGUUGCUUGCCUUCGCCUCUUGUCUAUGGCGAUGAGCUUCUCAGAGUUUGCCAACACGCCGCAGAACACCAGCAGGGCUCGCAUCAUUUCCGUUUUCUUCAAGUCACUCUACUCUAGGUCACAGGAAGUAAUCGAAGCUGCGAAUGCUGGUCUUCGGGAUGUUCUCACUCAAACCAACAAACUGCCCAAGGAUCUGUUGCAAAAUGGAUUGCGCCCCAUUCUCAUGAAUCUUCAAGAUCCCAAGCGCCUGAGUGUUGCUGGAUUGGAUGGUCUAGCUCGUUUGUUGACGCUGCUUACGAACUAUUUCAAAGUUGAAAUUGGUGCUCGUUUGCUUGAUCACAUGAAAGUCAUUGCGGAUGAUGCUGUCCUGCAGAAAGUAUCCUUCAGCCUCGUUGAGCAAAAUUCGGCUAUGAAAAUUGUGGCUGCCAUCUUUAAUAUUUUCCACCUUCUCCCACCGGCAGCUACCUCGUUCAUGGAGCAUCUUGUUAACAAGGUCCUGGAUCUCGAACUGAAGCUACGACGCACUUCGCACAGCCCAUUCCGCAAGCCACUAGUGAAAUAUCUAAAUCGCUACCCCAAAGAAAGUUUGGCCUUCUUUUUCGCUCGCUUCAAGGAUGAACGAUUUGGACGUUUCUUUGGACAGAUCUUGGCUGACCCGGAGAGUGAAGCACUCCGAAAUGCCGUCGUUGCUGAUACGGAUGGCUUCUCCGCUGCCGCCUUUACUCAAGACGCUGGCGAUGGCAAAAACACCGCUGCUAUCAAUGGAGUCUAUGUUGCGCACUCCAUCUGUUCCUACAGCUCAACUAAGCGCUGGCUGGUGUCGCACGCUGAAAUGAGAACCAAGCUCCUCACCUCUGGCAGAGACCUUGAGAGGAAGCUCCGUGGUGAUAGUCUGCCGGCUGAUGAGCGACUCCGGGUCGAACAAGCCGAAGACCGAUUGAUGGAUAUCUUCACCAUGUACUUAACCGAGGCUACCCAUGAUUUGGAUUUCCUCUUUGAAGUGAUCGAUGGACUGUCCGCCGAUGAGUUGAAACGCACACUUGCUCUUCCCAGGUUUAUUUACAAGAGCAUCAUCUCCAACGAGUCUAUUGAUUACCGGCGGUCUGUCAUUAUGCGCUGUCUCGAUCUUUACGGCCAGAAAAGCUGCCCGCAGAAGACCAAGACAUAUGCUUUCCGCCACUUGCCCCCAAACACUCCCAAGCUGAUGGACAAGAGCAUGACCGAGUCUAUUCAGAGUCGGUUGUGGAAGCCGCAACUGGCGGAUCUAAGUGAGGAGUCUAACCAAGCUGGCGUCGAUCACUCACGCAUGGAGUUGCUUCAAUUGUCUGCUCUGUUGAUCAAGUAUCACUCACAAACUGUGCAGGAUUCCCGCAAAGACAUUAUCAAGUUUGCCUGGAAUUACAUCCGUCUUGAGGAUAUCAUCAACAAAUACGGAGCCUACGUUUUGAUCAGUUAUUUCAUUGCCCACUACGAGACUCCGUUCAAGAUCGUCAUUCAGGUCUAUGUUGCACUCCUCAGGGCUCACCAGAACGAAGGCAGAGCUCUCGUUACCCAGGCUCUCGACGUCCUUGCUCCUGUGCUCCCCACGCGAACAGCCAACAGCUCGGGUGCCGAGGCACGCUACCCACUGUGGGCCAAAUGGCCUCGUCGCAUUCUGGCUGAGGAGACCGCCAACUUGCAGCAGGUCAUGAGUAUCUUCCAGUUCCUGGUUCGGCAACCUGAUCUCUUCUAUGAGUCAAGGGAGCACUUUGUGCCUCUUAUCGUCCCGUCCUUGGUUAAGAUCACGGGUCCCCCGAACACCUCGAAUGAUAGCAAGAAGCUCGCGCUGAACUUGAUCAGUCUUAUCUGGCAUUGGGAAGAAAAGCGGACUCAUAAUGCCGAGGCUCACCAUUUAACAAAUGGCACAUCCGAGUCUCCAGUCGCAAGGAAGCGUAAGCUAGACGAAGUCCAAGAGCCAUCCCCGUCCCCCGCACUUGGACCUCCUAGCAGCCGCGAACGGUCUGAAUACACCGUGCCCAAUGAUUUGCGUGCGUCAUUAAUCAAGUACCUCAUCACCUUCAUCACCACGAUCCCCGAAAGAUUCCAGGUCCCGGCUGCUAAAAUUCGCCAAAUGCCCACAACGAAACAACAAAAUUCUGUGCCCACCGGAGAGAUGAUCAACAAGGCCAUUAAUUUGCUCCGCAGCCUUCUUUCACCCGAGUAUUGGGGCGACCUAGAUAUCGACCUCUAUCAAAAAGUGACAGAGCCGAUUCUCGUUGGUGAAAAGGGCGACAAAAUCGAGGAUAAAAUCACCUACAUGGUCAACACGCUCCAGGUGCUGAGGGUCUUGAUCGCGGCUAAGCCCAAUGAGUGGAUCGCUUCUCGUCUUCCUGUAAUUCAAAAGCUUCUGGAAAAGCCUUUGAAAUCAGACAACCCAGAAAUUCAGGACUGUCUGCAUGGACUUGAAGAUGACAUGGAUGUUGUGCACAAGCUACCGCCUCCUGUUCGGCAUGUGCUCGAGGCCAUCCCAGACGAACAGCCUGAUGAUGAGGAUGCGAUGGACACGGAGGGCACACCUUCAGAAUUUGGCUCAUAUUUGUCUACCAUUGCCACCGAGACACUCUCUGCUAGCAACUAUGUGUCAAGCUUGAAUAUCUUAUGGACGCUCUCCAAGAUCAAGCCUGCCGAAAUCGAUGCACACAUUCCUGCGGUGAUGAAAGCGUUCUCAACCAAACUUGCCAAAGAACACGUCGCUGCGUCGACGCAGAAUGGCGCCCAACUGCAGAAUGGUACCAAGCCUGCCGAGGGAGCUCCAACUACAGACCAACAAGAGUUUGAACUUGGAGUUGAUCUCAUCCUCAAGACUAUCGAGCUCAUUUCCGUCAGAAUGUCUCACUUGGGUGAUCAACGUCGUCCAUUCCUCAGUGUUCUCGCUCAGAUCGUGGAACGAUCACAGACCAAUGAACUCUGCAGUAAAAUCUUGGGCAUGGCCGAAUCUUGGAUCUUCCACUCCACCGAGUCAUGGCCGACUUUGAAGGAGAAGACUGCCGUCUUGCACAAGAUGCUGCUCUUCGAAUCUCGCACUGAUCAGACAAUGUUGAAGAAGUUCUUGGAUCUUGUCAUCCGAAUCUACGAAGACUCCAAGAUUACUCGGACUGAAUUGACAGUCCGCUUGGAGCACGCCUUCUUAAUUGGAGCCAGAGCACAGGAUGUCGAAAUGAGGAAUCGCUUCAUGCAGAUUUUCGAUAAGAGUUUGACUCGUCUCGCCAGCUCGCGCCUUAGCUAUGUCCUGACCUGCCAAAACUGGGAUACUCUUGCCGAUUCUUUCUGGCUGGCCCAAGCAUCUCACUUGGUGCUUGGAUGUGUCGACAUGACCACCACUGCUCGGUUGCACCAUGAAGACUUUACCCUAUUCCCCGUGUCUUUCCUCUUCGGUAGCGGUGACAAAGAUCCAAGGAAGGCUGAUAUAAUGGUUGACAACCAGCUGGAAGCUUUCGUCGCCGAGCGUAGGCGAUUCAUGUCCGAUGUUGGCGAUGUCCGAGUGCGUGAUCUGAUAGAGCCUCUGUGCCAGCUUCAGCACACCGAUUCGAACGUCGCGUACAAAUUGUGGACAACGCUCUUCCCCCUCUUCUGGUCUACACUUUCCAACAAGGACUGUAUUGAUCUAGAGAAGGAUAUGGUCACAUUACUCACCCGUGAGUAUCAUCACAGACAACUCGAUAAGCGGCCCAACGUCGUCCAAGCUCUUCUGGAAGGCACUGUGCGAGCUAGUCCUCGUUUCAAGAUUCCUCCCCAUGUCAUCAAAUAUCUCAGCCGGACCUACGACGCUUGGUACACUGCUGCUACUUACCUUGAACAAACCGCCAUCAAUCCUAUCAUUGACACACCGACUGUGCGUGAGAGCAACCUAGACGCCCUGGUAGAGGUCUACGCGGGACUCCAAGAGGACGACUUUUUCUACGGAACCUGGCGUCGUCGUUGUAAGUUCGUUGAAACCAAUGCUGCCCUUUCGUACGAGCAACAAGGAAUGUGGGACAAGUCCCAGCAACUGUAUGAGAACGCCCAAAUCAAGGCUCGUUCCGGUGCCAUGCCAUUUUCCCAAGGCGAAUAUUUUGUGUGGGAGGAUCACUGGUUGAUCUGCGCCCAAAAGCUUCAACAGUGGGAGAUUUUGAGUGACUUUGCCAAACACGAGAAUCUUAACGAUCUUCUGUUGGAGGCUGCUUGGAGAAACAUUGAGAAUUGGCAGAGUGAGGGUAAUCGCGAGCAGCUUGAGUCAUUGAUUAAGUCUGUAUCCGAUGCUCCAACACCUAGACGCACGUUCUUCCAGGCCUUCAUGGCUCUUCUUCAAUACCAUACGAAGAAGGACAACAUUCAGGACUUCAACAGUGUCUGCGACGAGUCCAUCCAGCUCUCCAUCCGCAAAUGGUUGCAACUGCCAAAACGCAUCACCAAUGCUCAUAUUCCAAUCCUGCAGCAUUUCCAACUCUUAGUUGAGCUUCAUGAUGCUAGCCACAUCUGUGGCAGCUUGGCCCAGACAAACGAAAGAAACUUGGAUACCAAGUCUGCCGAGCUUAAGCUCUUGCUUGGAACCUGGAGAGACCGCUUGCCCAAUCUCUGGGAUGACAUCAACACAUGGCAAGAUCUUGUCACCUGGCGUCAACACAUCUUCCAGCUCAUCAAUGGCACUUAUCUUAGUCUUUUGCCUCCACAGACGAACAAUGUGGCUAGUAACUCCUACGCCUACCGGGGAUAUCACGAAACAGCUUGGAUUAUCAAUCGCUUCGCCCAUGUCGCUCGGAAGCACCAGAUGCCAGAGGUUUGCAUCAAUCAACUGAGUCGCAUUUAUACCCUACCAAACAUCGAAAUCCAAGAGGCCUUCCUUAAGCUUCGGGAGCAAGCUAAGUGCCACUACCAAAAUCCGAAGGAAUUGAACAGCGGUCUGGAUGUGAUUAACAACACCAACCUCAACUACUUUGGACCGCAGCAGAAGGCCGAAUUCUAUACCCUCAAGGGCAUGUUCCUUGCCAAACUUGAUCAUGUCAAUGAGGCCAAUGAAGCAUUUGGUGUUGCUCUCUACUAUGACCUUCGCCUUGCGAAGGCCUGGUCAGAAUGGGGCCAAUACAGCGACCAGCGUUUCAAGGCCGACCCCACUGAUUACGAGCUGGCUAGUAAUGCUGUGAGCUGUUAUCUGGAGGCGGCUGGUCUCUAUAAGAGCGCCAAAUCACGGAAGUUGCUCAGCAGAAUUCUUUGGCUUCUCAGCCUCGACAAUGAGGAAGGAAAAAUUGCAAGUGCAUUCGAAAACUUCAAGGGAGACACACCUGUUUGGUACUGGAUUACCUUCAUUCCUCAGCUGCUCACUAGCUUGUCUCAUCGGGAGGCGCGCCUCUGCAAGGCCGUCCUAGUGAAGAUUGCCAAGUUGUACCCACAAGCUCUCUUCUUCCUGCUUCGUACAAACCGAGAGGACAUGCUUAGCAUCAAGAAACAGCAAGACCAGAAGCAGGAGAAACUGAAUCGAGCCAGACUACAGCAGCAACAGCAGCUAGGAUCGUCGCCAAACACGAAGUCAAAUUCCGUCACCGGUGCCGAUAGCUCUCCUGCCCAGAAAGCCCAGGCUGCAAGUGCAGGCGUUAGUGCCUCUCCGUCAGUUCCCCCUGCUAGCUCACCCGCUACACAGAACCCAGGCCAGUCCCCGGCCCAUCCCCACAUCGGUCUCCAAGCAUCCCCACAAGCCGGCCAAACCCCAGCUCAGGCUCAACAAACACAUUUGCAAGUGCCUGGUCAGCCUGGAGCACCGCUACAGAGCCAAAUCGCAUCCGCGGAUGGCGACAAGGAACCUCUCAAGAAGCCCUGGGAGUACUCAGAUGAAAUCAUGUCUGGACUCAAGACGGCCUUUCCCUUGCUCGCUCUAUCUAUGGAGACGAUGGUCGAUCAGAUCCACAAAAACUUCAAGUGUCCCCCAGAUGAGGAUGCUUACCGUCUCAUUGUUGCUCUUUUGAACGAUGGGCUGGCUUAUGUUGGCCGUAUGCCUGGUUCUUAUGCCCAGGACUUCAAGUUGCCUGCCGCAACUGAAGCCAAUAUCACUAGAUUCGCAGAGACCAUUCUCCCAGCUCAUAUCCGCAAAUCGUUCGAGGCUGACUUUGUGACCAAGAAGCCCACGAUGAACGAGUACAUCCACAAGCUGCGGCGCUGGCGUGACAAGUUCGAGGAAAAGCUCGACCGCCGCUCGCAGUGGACAUACCUGGAAAACUCUUCGCCACAUCUAAGCGAGUUCCGUUUCCUCAAGUUUGAUGAGGUUGAGGUCCCUGGUCAGUAUCUUCUCCAUAAGGAUAAGAACCAAGACUUUGUCCGUAUCGAUCGCUUCCUCCCCGAUGUUGAUCUUAUCCGGGGUAUUGGUGUCUGCCACCGCCGCUUGAAGAUUCGUGGACACGACGGUAGCAUUCAGGCAUUUGCCGUUCAGCAUCCCGCUGCUCGCCACUGCAGGCGCGAAGAACGGAUUCUCCAACUGUUCCGUAUAUUCAAUGGUUUGCUUGCAAAGCGCAAGGAGAGUCGUCGCCGCAACUUGUAUUUCCAUCUCCCAUUAAUGGUGCCUCUUGCACCACACAUUCGUUUGGUGCGCGACGAUUCCUCGUACAUCUCCAUGCAAGGAAUUUACGAGGAUUACUGCCGGCGCAAGGGAAUUAACAAGGAUGACCCAGUCCUCUUUACAAUGGACAAGAUGAGGUCAUUAGCAGAAACAAAACAAAAUCGCACACCCGAUCAGCAGCAGGUCCUUCGCACAGAGAUUCUCACUGCUAUUCAAGACAAAUGGGUGCCCAGUACUGUGGUGUUGGAAUACUGCCAGCAGACGUAUCCCAACUUCUCGGACUUCUGGCUGUUCCGCAGGCAGUUCUCCUACCAGUACGCCGCUAUUGCGUUCAUGACCUACGUUAUGCAUAUUGGCAACCGCUAUCCGAACAAGAUCAUGAUCUCCCGUUCGACAGGUGAUAUCUGGGGCUCUGAGUUGAUCCCUACCAUCAAUCCAGCCAAGGCAUUCUUCUACAAUCCUGAGCAAGUUCCCUUCAGAUUUACACCCAAUAUCCAAACUCUAUUGGGUCCAAUUGCCACAGAAGGUGUUUUCGCCUGCGCAAUGAUGGCGAUCGCCCGCUGCUUGACGGAGCCACGACACGAGCUGGAGCAACAGCUCAGCAUUUUCGUCCGCGACGAGAUGAUGUUCUGGGCCACUGCCCAGCACCGUGGUGCUCUGCCUCCUGGUCAACUCCGCGACCUGGUGUACAACAAUAGCGAGAUCAUUGUCAACCGUGCUGUCAGUCUCGCUAGCCCGCCCGAGGGUAAUUUGCCUGCCAACCAGACCACCAUCGACUUGAUCUCCAAGGCAGUGAACCCUCAGCAUCUGGCGUCGUGCGAUGCAUUGUGGAUGCCGUAUCUGUGA